AUGUGUCCUGGGUCCCGGGACCUGGGUCCUGGGUCCUGCUAUGAUAAACACAGCUCUGGACAACGGUUUCUGUUCAGACUUUGUGGCGUUUGUCCUUGGAGGAAAAAUGCAAACAAAACACAGCCGUCUCCUCCUUCAGGAGGACACACAGGGGGGGGGAUCCAGAAGUCUACACACGGAUCCAGAAGUCUACACACGGAUCCAGAAGUCUACACACGGAUCCAGAAGUCUACACCCGGAUCCAGAAGUCUACACACGGAUCCAGAAGUCUACACACGGAUCCAGAAGUCUACACCCGGAUCCAGAAGUCUACACCCGCAUCCAGAAGUCUACACCCGGAUCCAGAAGUCUACACCUGAUCCAGAAGUCUACACCCGGAUCCAGAACUCUCUGUGGGACGAGACUCUUCUGACUGAAGAAGACGAAGGAGUUCUCCACCAAAGCUGUGAUCAAUGUGGGGCAACUUUUUCUCGUGGGGAUGCCCUUAAAUCUCACCAGCGCAUUCACACUGGAGAGAAGCCGUACAGCUGUGAACACUGUGGAAACACUUUCUCUCAUAGUAGUAGCCUUAAAUCUCACCAGCGCAUUCACACUGGAGAGAAGCCGUACAGCUGUAAACAAUGUGGUGUAACGUUUUCUUGGAUUAGUAACCUUAAAUCUCACCAGCACAUUCACACUAGAGAGAAGCCAUACAGCUGUAAACAAUGUGGGGAAACGUUUUCUCAUAGAAGUAGCCUUAAAACUCACCAGCGCAUUCACACUGGAGAGAAACCGUACUGGUGUGAACAAUGUGGAAAAACGUUCUCUCAGAGUAGUAACCUUAAAUCUCACCAGCGCAUUCACACUGGAGAGAAACCAUACAGCUGUGAACAAUGUGGAAAAACCUUUUCUCGGAGAUAUUUAAAGAUUCAUCAGAGAGUUCACACUGGAGAGAAACCUUACAGCUGUGAUCAAUGUGGUGCAGCUUUCACGAAACAGAAUUCACUAAAAAUACAUCAACGCAUUCACACUAGAGAGAAGCCAUACAGCUGUGAUCAAUGUGGGGCAGCUUUCACACAACAGAGUACCCUAAAAAUACAUCAACGCAUUCACACUGGAGAGAAGUCAUACAGCUGUGAUCAGUGUGGGGCAGCUUUCACACUAAAGCGUUACCUAAAAAUACAUCAGCGCAUUCACACUGGAGAGAAACCUUACAGCUGUGAUCAAUGUGGGGCAGCUUUCACACUACAGAGUAACUUAAAAAUACCACGCAUUCACACUGGAGAGAAGCCGUACAGCUGUGAUCAGUGUGGGGCAGCUUUCACACAGCAGGGGACCUUUUCUCAGCAUCAACGCAUUCACACUGGAGAGAAGCCGUUCAGCUGUGAUCAGUGUGGGGCAGCUUUCACACAGCAGGGACACCUACAAACACAUCAACGCAAUCAUACUGGAGAGAAGCCAUACAGCUGUGAACAAUGUGGGGAAACCUUUUCUCAGAGUAGUAACCUUAAAACUCACCAGCGCAUUCACACUGGAGAGAAGCCGUACAGCUGUGAACAAUGUGGGGAAACCUUUUCUCGUGGUGGUGCCCUUAAAUAUCACCAGCGCAUUCACACUGGAGAGAAGCCGUACAGCUGUGAACAAUGUGGAAAAAACGUUUUCUUGGAGUAG